AUGAACUUGAACUUGUCGGCAUCGCUCAACAUUUUCAAGCUUUUAGCGAAGCCUUCCUUGUGCCUUCCUCACGCCACGGUCGCAACCUUCGACGACUUGCCCAUUCCACUCAACAAGGCCUUCGCUAAAAAUGACAAGCCGGCAGACAUCAGGGCUGUAGUGCUGGACAAAGAUGAUUGUUUUGCAAUUCCAGACCAUAACGAGGUCCACGAGCCGUACAAGUGUCGGUUUGAGGCCCUGCGAGCAGCCUACCCGGGUCGCCGUCUCCUAAUCGUAUCAAACACCGCCGGUGCGACGAGCUACGAUGUCGGUGGCAAGCUAGCAUCGGCGGUUAAUGCAUCAACUGGGGUCAAUGUCCUCUCUCAUGCGGUGAAGAAGCCAGGUUGCGGUGACGAGAUCCUAUCGUACUUCCGUCAGCACCCGGAAACUGGAGUGACAAGCCCCCACCAAAUCGCCAUUGUUGGCGAUCGACUAGCAACCGACAUGAUGCUGGCCAACAUGAUGGGCAGUUGGGGCAUUUGGGUCAAGAAUGGGGUCGUACCGCUAGAGCAGAAGAGCAUUUUUUCUAGGAUCGAAAGGAGGCUCGGGCCCUACCUCCUCUCUAGGGGAUACUCAGCGCCCGAGCCCUCAAGUCCCUUUGAGUAA